UGCUGCCCUCUCUCGUGCCGCUGGCGAUGGAUAUGGACUUGUCUACGCGGCACGGCGCACUGCUCUCGAUCGCUGAGCUCACUCACGCACUGUCGCAGGAGGCACAGAGACAACACAGGGCAUUAGAGCAUUAUGUCAGCCCGGAGGUACAGCUGUCGGCACAUUUUUUUGCAGGUGUCGACGCUGGGGGCUCGCCCGACAGCGCCAUCUGCAGCGAAAAUAUUCCCGACAUAAUGGAUUGUUUUCUGCGAGCGAUGACGGACUAUACGCAUGACAGCCGGGGGGACGUGGGAGCAUGGGUGAGGGAGGCGGCCAUGUUGGGUCUAAAGGAGCUCAUGCUACUUAUCGCGGCUGCUGAACCUUCACUCAUCUCCCCUCAAAUCCCGCCGAUUCCUCAUAUUCCACACAAGGAAGAGUUACUAGAGAUUUUCCCAAGGAGCUCAUCUCAGGAGUUGAACUGGAGCGCUCCGUCAGAGAUCUUCCCAAGCAUCGUGCGAAUGCUGGGUCUGCGUGCAUACCUCUACCCUGUGCUGCUCGGACUGUGUGUCAGUGUUGGAGGCCUUACAGAGUCAGUCGUGAAGCAUUCCUCCGCCGCGUUCUUCGCGUUCGUGAACGACCUCGCCGCGGCCGAUCACAGCGCCCUCUGUGAGCUCUGUGCCACACUACUCGCCAUCUUCGGCAAUCACCAGAGAAAAUCAAGAGUGACUCUGCCGAUGCUGAAGAUGCUGGAUCAGAUGCUGAUUAACGGCUGUCUGAGCACGCUGGCGGGGCACGACGACGCCAGCUUCCUGCUGCCUCUUAGCGCCCUCUGUACACGAGAGAUCAACAAGUGCGGCGACCCGCAGAAGCUCAUGUCGUGUGCCGACGUGUUCUGUGGGCUGCUACAGUUUGCAGGGAAGGUCAGGAGAGGCGCUCUCUUCCAACUGAUCAUCUUUCUCUGCCAUAAAUACCCCAGGGUGCGCAAAACGACGGCUGGCAAGUUUUACGAGGCGCUCGUCACGUUUGAUGACGUCGUGGCGGAGGAUCGGCUCGAUGACGUCCUGACGAUUCUCAGCGAAACAAAGUGGGACGACCCUAUCAACAUUGUGAGGAACACCAGGAACGAGCUGUGUGAGAUGUUAGGUGUUCCCACGCCAAAGCCCAUCGCGAGACCUGUGUAACCAGCACACGAUCACAGCACGCAGUUUGUUUGCAAAUACCGACUGUAUACCUACCGUGUGUGUUGCAGACCAGUUGUGAUGACGGCCGUUACUGUUAUAUUCAUUUCACCGUUGAUUGGUGCUUUUUACAUUGUUUUAGCUAAAUGUGUGCCGAAUUCCAUCUAUAUAAAGAUCGAAGCUUGCGUGCAUGUUAGAGAUCUCGUUUGUAUUUGGUUGUUAUUGUAACUUAUGUAAUUUUUGAUAAUCACACUGCAUCUGAAGAUAGUUUUGAGCACAUUAGUUGCUUGUGUUCAUAUUGAAAAAUUUAAAGAAUGAAAUAAGAAAGACAUUGUGAAAAGGAGAAAUAUUGAAUUUGCCAUUUAAAAUUACUUCAUCCUUUUAUCUAGCAUAUUAAAUAGCAAAAGAUUUUCCACUGCGACAUAAUAAUUGAUAAGUUUAUACAUGUAUUAAUUUCCAUGGUUAGUAAAUAAAAUAAAAUGUCAUUAAAUUUAAUGUUAUCUUUAAAGCCAUUUGACAUGAGAAUUACUCAUUAGAUUAAAAUUGUAUGACCCUUUGUUGCGUGUAUGAUUUGUUAAAUAAAUAUAUCCAUGCAUUUAUAUUA